AUGACAUCCAUCAAGACCCUGCUGGCCAUUUUGCACCUGGCCACCCUGUCCGAUGCCGUCAAGCGUGUCGCCACCCCCAAGGCCACCACCUCCGAGACCACCACCAAGACCAAGGGCAAUGCCGCCACAGCCGGCGCGCCCACUGCGGCCGCCGCGCCCCCAUCGCCCCUCCCCUGUUCCCCAGAGCGCACGUCAACCAAAGCCUCCACCCCUGACCACGUCCCGCACGCCGCCGCCGCUGACGCACUCACGGCCUGCCAGGCUGGCUGGUUUGUGCGCGCGGCCUCCGCGAAGGACAAGUGGCGCGCCAUGACAGCCGCCGCCGCGUCCAAGACCCCUGCUGCACUGAACAAGCAUUCGCCUGCUGCGCCGCGCUCGGCCAGUGCCUCGUCCACUUCCAAAAAGAGCAACGCCGCCAAGGCCGAAGCCGCCGCCCCUAGUGAUGACGCCUCCGCUGUCAAGGCCUCCCAAAACACGAGUUGGCUUGCGACCGCACUCACUGCCGCUCAGGCCAAAUGCGGCGCCGCGUGCGACUCUGUUACGAACUCGUGGCGCGCUACCGCCGCCAAGGCGUCUGCCGCGCUCACCCCUAGGGGCAAGGCAGCCCUGAAGAAGGGCCGCAGCGGCAAGCCCGAUGCCACGGCCGCCCCUGUGCCCGCUGGUGCCGCGCUCCCUGUGCCUGCGGCCGGCAUUGACGUAGCCAGCAGCCCCAUGCCCGCCGCCUGCACCGAUGCCGCAGUGGUCGUCAGCAUUGUCGCCCCCCUCGCCCCCACGCCUAGUUCUGAGACCGGCGCUGCCGCCGCGCCCAAAUGGAAGAAGAACUUUGGCGACAGGUUCAGGGCCGCCCUGCCGCACGCCCGCAGCAGCAGACGCACCCCGGCCUCCUGCCCCACGGGCCGCAUUGAGGCGCGCACCGCCCCCACGGCCAAGCCCUGCUGCAACGCCGAAGCCGCUGCCGCCGCCGCCGCCCGCAAGCGGCUCAUCGGGGCCACAUUUGCCGCCAAGCUCGGCCGCCUCUCAUUGCGCCGCAGCCCCCCUGACCAGGCGGCGUCGGCAGUGGCGGGGGUUGUUGGGGGCAAGGCGGCAGUCGCCUGCUAG